GGGCCCCAGGGUUGUUGCCUGGUGCUGGUGCCCCCCGCACCAAGAAAUCUGCCACCCUCCAGCCCUGCACUGGCCCCGGUUGCCUCCCUGCACUGCCUGGGGGGGCCCAGAGCUGAGGGCCAGAGUGGGGCCAGCCUCAGCUGCGCUGCUGGGCUGGAGGGGACAGAGCCCCCAGGACUCCUACGCCUGCCCCGAGUCACAGAGGGUGGGGUGGCUCCUGCCGCUGCAUGCGUCCCUUGGAGUGCAUGGGGGCAUGUGGCCCCAGAUCUGUGUGGGGCAGAACAGGCUGCCUCUGCCAGGGAGAGCUCUGUGCAAACCCAGCACCAACCCGCAGAGGAGCGGGGACAGCACUGGGAGGGGAUUGGGGAGGCUAUGGUGAAUUUUGGGGUGGCUGCAGCCCCCUCCUCCAUGGUCCCCUCCCAGUGCCACCACCGCCCGCAGCAGCAACCUACCCUGCCCCACACAGAUCUGGGGGCACAUGCCCCCAUGCCUCCCAGAGUGUGCGUAGCAGCAGGAGCCAUGGCCCCUGGACGAACUGCUCCUGGCUCAGUCCCGCACCCCUCCCCUAGCCUCAGCUCCAAGCCCAUUCCCUCCUCACCCCCGCUGUAGCCGCUGGAAGCCAGGCUGCCUUGCUGCCCUACCGCUGCCCCACAUUUGCGGGUGCUAUGCUGCUUUAGCCCACCCCCCUUCCCCUACCUAUGCUUGUGGCAGAUGCAGUACUGCAAAGCUGACCCUCCCUUUUCUUCUUCUAUGGCCUCCAGCUGGGAGGUAUCUUCCCUCUUUUACAGCAGCAGGAUCCACUUUACUCAAAAGGCAAUCCACCCCCUGUCAGCACCAGUCGCCCAUGCCUCCUGCACAGCCUGCCUCUCUCCUCAGCAGUCCUCACUCCAUUUGCGUGAUGCCUCUCUCCACUGCUCCACUGAAUUUUCCAAUAGAAUUUCCCACAACCCCAUCUGUAGCAGGUAGUACAGGAGGCAACGCUCCCAGCCAGCUUCCCCCAGUCAGGUCCUUGCUCUUAAAACAGCCCCUGAGGACACUAGGUUCUCUGCUCCUGGCCCCAGGCGCUGCAUCUGUUAGCCCCAUGCUGGCCCGUGCCCAUCCGACCAGAGUGCCCACACUCUCCACCAGGUGUGGCAAGCCUCCUGGCUGUGUGGGAGCCAACUGGCCUAUUUCCCCAGCCCAGAAAGGGCUUGCUGCCACCCACCUCAGACAGAAAACUGCUGGGGUACAGCCAGGCUGAGAGGGGAGCCCUUUUUUCUCCAAUCCUACCUAGCCCAGUGCAGGCAUGAAGUGGGCAGCCAUCGCCCUCCUCCUCCCAGAUGCAGGGAGCCAUGAAAUUCCCUUGACAGAGCAGGGCUGCCCUGCUACCAUACACCACUGCCUAAAUUUUUCUGCACCUUCAAGGUGAGUGAGUCAAUCACUGCUGCAGGGCCCAGCCCAGGUGGUGGGCAGGUGUUCUGCUGCUCAGGCAUGUCAGUGCCCCCUCCUGCUUUCCCCUUAAGGUGGGAACAGAGGUGAGGGGCAGGCCAAAAUUCACGUCAGCUUUGCUCGCACACAUCAGUGACCCCAGUAGACAGGAAUGCUUAGGGAGGCACCUGCGUCUGCAAGAGAGAGGGAGCAGGGAGGGCGGCAGGGAGGUGAAACAUGGAUGUUGUUUCAGAGCGCGGCAGGUGCACCCAGGGGGAAUGGGCCCAUCCAGGCAUGCAGCCAGUGAGGAGCCAGGCCUGAGCCAAUGGUGAAGAAGAAGCUAAUGUCUAGGGAGUAAGUCAGUUCUGGUUGGGACCUUCCUGCCUGCCAGGGGUUAGUACAGCAAAUGCGGUGCAAACUGUUCCAGCCUGUUGCCAUUUUCCCACCAGCUCCCUCAGAGCUGCCCCCAAUCAUCCAUCUCCCUUUGCUCUCUCCUUUCUGAUCCUCCACAAACCUCUCCCCUCAUAAAGAUGUCCCCUCCUACAGAGGAGUGGGGCUUGUUCCCCCAUCCUGAAGUCUCUUGCCCUUGUGGUUGCAGCCACCCUGGGGUCCUCAUGUUAGGUGAAGCAGGAGGGAUCAUUCUGCCAUAUAAGCAUCCAAGCCCCCACCUAGCACAUAGCAGAACCAGAGCAAUUUUCACUGUAAUUGUUUUCCAUUAAAAAAACACUGUUUUGGUACAAAACUGAUAUUUUUAGGGUGGAGUAGCAUCAUUUUCAACAUUUCAUUUGGAAAAAACUGAUUCGAGAAUAACCAAAUACCCUGUUUUAGAAUGAGGCGUUUUCAUGUGAAAAUGGGGGUGUAGGUUGUAGUCGCAUUGGUCUAAGGACCUAGGCAGACAAGGUUCUUUGGGUGAAUCUGGUACCUUUUAUUAGAACAAUUUAAAUAGUUGGAAAUUCAUGUGAAAAUGACUUUGUUUCCUCACACCGAUGCCUACUAGUUAGCAGCAGCAUUACUCUUCUGCUCAGCCGUGUUUCGAAGCUGGUGUCAUACAGUCAGAGAGAAGUAGGGCUGGAUGGGACCUCCAGAGGUCAGUUAGUCCAACCCCUGCCUGAGUUCGGAUCAUCCCUAGCCAAACCAUCUCAUACAACAUAAUCUAACCGCUGCGUAAGGCAAUGUCAUCUGCAGGGGCCUCCUCAACUUCCCAUGCCUUGUUCACAAGUCACCUUCUCUACAGUGACAAAGGGAUCUCCACGUGCUGGAAGGCUGGCUGAAGAACAGGCUUCUCUAGAAAUCAUGCUGGAAAUCUCAUGAAAUCUCAGGCCUUUGUCAAAGUUUUUCAUCUCCUCCUGGAUUCAGAUGGGUCAGUAUUGUCCUGAGAACUGUUUUCCUUUUGUGUUCUUGCUGAAACUGGGAAACACAGAUGUGAAGGAAACAAAACAGAUUCUAAAGCAAUGGUUCUCAACUUUUAUAUACUCAGGGAACUCAUCCGAAAAUGCCAGCUCUUGGGUUUACUUAUUUUUUGACUAUGGGAAGUAAUAGAGCAAUUCUGUUUCAAAGAACUCAGAAAUACUGGAACAGGGCAGAGGGUUUUUGGCAUCAUGGAUUCCUAUUGAAACCUUGUGUUUUCUUGUAAAUCAUGUUUGCACCCUUAACCAUGCUAGCAUUACACCCUGUGACACCCUUGUAAGGAUCUCAAGACACCCCAGGGUACCAUGGCACUCUCAUUAAGAAUCACUGUUCUAAAACUUCGCCACAGUUUUUGAACUGCUGAUUGAAGCUUGGGAGGAAAAUCUCCGCUGAGCUACUUCUCAAACUGGAAAGCUCUCCAGAGAUGAGCACACUCGCUCCUCACAACCAUCCUUGCUAUCCUUGCUAGCAGCUGUCUCCUCGCUGGCAGCCCUGACUCAACUGAACCCAUGUUCAGGCUUGUUACAUUUUUCUUCAUCAGCUGCACUUGACCUUGGCAUUUUUUCUAGCGGUGUUUGUUUUCACCGCACCUUCAUCAGAGACUUCCAGUGGGUGGGACAGGGCAGGCCCAGGCUCCUUUCCUUCUGAAUGCCCCUUUUGUGGGCAUAGGCAGACAAGGUUCCUUGGGUGAAUUUGAUAUCUUUUAUUAGACCAACCCAAAUGGUUGGAGAAUAGUUAUUAAGCAAGCUUUCGGGUUCAAAAACCCUUCGUCAGGCUAAGGAAGUUUCAGCAGUUGGUGCAUGCUCUUCCUGGAUGGAAUGAAAAGUAAAGAAGCCUUUUGUGGGCAGGCAGUUUUCUACCAAGAUGACAAAUAAAACUCCUGAUGACUUCAGUGGAUGCAAGAUAGGACUGAGUUUGUGACUGGACCAUGAAUUUCACUAAAAGGCACGUAAAGUCAUGGAAGUUGAAAGUGUCCAGCCUAGCCUAUGGGGCACUUGGCACCUUAGCCCCCGAACAGAGCAUAUGUUCACAGGAUUGAACCCUCAGCAUCUCAGGGAUCAUCCAUGUUGUUAUUCUUUUGCCUCGGUAAUUCAGGAAGCUCCUGCAUCUCUCCAGGCAUUAUGGAGAAGCAUGUCUCCAAGGUCCUGACCUGCAUAUCCAGAGCAGCCUGCUCCAAAACCACACAAGAUCAUGCUGUAUCACAAGACUUCCAGCAUCAACCUAGUUUGGCCAGGUUAGAAAUGCAGUACCUCAGAAACAACCUGCCUUUUGGGGAAUCUUUCUCCUUCCUAGCACUAGCUAAAUGGUUCCCAAGCUUCACGUCCAGGACUGGUUCUAGCUAGGCAUGACGUUCUGAGUGAGUGCUAUAACAACAUGAGCUGUUUUACCAUCUUGUGCUCCAUUUCCCACUGUGAAAUGAAUGGAACAGGACCAGGCCCUUAGCUGUGCCAUGUCUCAUUGCAUGAGCUCACUCCUCACCAAUCCCCUUGUCUCAGGACAUCAGCUGCGCUUAGUUACCUGUGAAUCAGAGGUGUCUGUUUGCUUUGCAUCUGUGAAAAAUCAAGGCUUAGUCAGUCUCUGCUGCAAUGGGACAGAGCCAAGAUAAAACCCAGCCGUGAAACCCUGAAGACUGGAAGGUUCAUUUCUAGACCUCUCAGUGCUUGCAGGUAAGACAUGAACCCAGGCAAGGAGGGAGUGAACUGGUGGGCUGCAGAGAAGACCCUGGCAUCAUUGCAAGGGAGGCUGCAUGGAAGGAUGGUGUGGAGGCUGGAUCUGUAUAACAAGAAGGAAGAGGAAAGGGCAGUGUUGCACAUGGCAGUUACCAAGGACAGCUUUGAGUACGCUGAAUGGUCCGGGCAUGCACCUUUUUGGCACAAGAGUGGGACAUCCAGGUCACACCUCUGCCCUCCGGGAUGAUGCGUUCCCUCAGGCUAGCUGGCCCAGGAGGGGAGUUGCAGGACAAUUCUCUCCACUGAGGCAAGAGGCUUGUCCUCAAGAGCACCCCACCCUGGCACUCCCAAGACUGCUGUGCACUAGUGCAUAUCAAGUGCUCCCCAAGAAACUUGCCAGACCUGUUUGCUGUCAGCCCGGGGAGGAGAGAAGAGGCGAGGAAUGUCAGUCUCUGGGAGGGCGCAGGCAGGACCAGAGGGACCAGAACACUGAGCCCAAGCCAUCCUCUCCACAGUAGCUCAGGGGGAACAAGGCAGAGGGCAGCUGCUGGACGAGCCAGAGCCACGAUGACGGCACUUCGGGUUCUGCUGCUGUUGCUGCUGACAGACAUCUACACAACCCAAAAAAUCACUGAGAAGCCUUCCCUUGCUGGUCCAGAACUGGGAGGAAGGAUCACCACCUCCACCUUUGCCCUCAAUCAGCCUCGCUGUAUCUUUGAUAUGUACACCAGCACCACCGAUGACAUCUGGCUGGUGGUUGUCCUCACUAGUGAGAAAUCAAAAUUUGUCAACCCAGUACCCCCCGAGAGCCUGCCAGCCUAUCAGGAUUUCCUCCUGAACAGUUCGUAUAUGACCCUGAACACUGCCCGGCUCAACUACCCCUGCCUGCCAGACUCCACGGACAUCACUGUGCUGCGUGUGGGGAGCGAGACCAACUGUAUGAAGGACAGAUCCAGGCCCAAUUGUAAUGGUCCCCUACCAGUCCCAGGACCCUACAGUGUGAAGUUUCUUGCAAUGGAUAAUUCUCAGCCCAAGGCUGAGACAGAGUGGCUAGAUGACAUCAUGCUGAAGACAGCACAACAGUCCGACACCAUCGACCCCCAGCCCAGGAGGCACAGCGCCAGCAUGAUUGUGAUCACAACCAUUUUGUCCAUCUUCUUGGCCAGCCUGCUGGCCUGCUUCAUUGCCACAUUGAUCUACGUAUGCCUGACACCCGCCUCUUCGGCUCAGCAGAGGGAGCUCAGCCCAGAAGAGUCUGGCGGUAGCCGGAGAGGGGGGGUGAAGCUGACACAUGUAGGUAUCGCUCAGAGGCAGCUCUCAGCAGUGAGUACAGACAGUGCUGUGCCUGACCCACAGGUCAGGAUAGCCACACACUGCUCCCCUUGCUGAACCCUUGCUCUGCACCAACCUGUUCCCUCGCCUUCCUUUCACAGUACAGAUAUUUGCGGAAGCAGUGAGAUACACAGCAAGGAGGCCCCCGUGGCAGUGACACGCUAUAAUACUCAUCAUGUAUACAGCCAGCCUGAGAACAGGCCCUGAGCCCCGCCACCACCACGCAGCAGAACCUCUCAGCUCCUGGACAGCGCCUGUGAAACAGCAGCACCCCCUGCCGCUCUGCUCUUGGAGGCUGUUGGGGUUAGGGAGGCGGGGGGCUCUUGCUUUUGGGACACCUUCUCUGAUGAUUGCUCCUGUCCCUCUGAUGCAUUUACUGCAUGCUCCACAGAUGAUGGCUUUAGCUAACACCCCUCCCGUGCUCCUGCCAGGCUGUCCCUCCUGCCCUGCUUCCUCCCCCAGCUACACUCAGCCAUGACUUAGGAGAGAGAAGUCUCAUGCCUCUAACUCUAACUUGACCAGAGCCAGGCCCAAACCCUGUGACAGGACACACCCAGCCCUUAGCUCCAACACCCCCUGAAUGCCAUGGCUGGGGGUAGAAAUCUACAUCCAUCCUGGGGCUGGGACCAGCCCUUGGAAGUUGGCAUUUCUGGGGUACAGGAUGCAUACUCUACUCUUAACAGGAUGGGAUGAUGGUGUUUCCUUGCAAUCAUCCAGGCCUUCCAUGGAUAUGGCUAAGGUGGAGAUGCUGGGGUCAAGGCUCUCUGCAGCCACCCACUCAGACAGACAUACAGCCUGACUCCUGUAGAAGUAGCAGUCCCCAGCCUGGCCCCCUUGGAUGUCAACUUCUUCCAGACCCCACAGCUCCAUCCCUUGCAUGACCAGAGAAGUCACUGGUGGGUGGCCUGAUGCCCUCCUUGUACACCGUCCUAUAUAAUCCCCUUCUGCACUGCCCCAGUAGCCUAAGCACAGGGCUAAUUCUAAGCAUGUACUUGAGCACUAGGCACGAUAACAUCUGGGGGCUUUGCUGGUUAGAUCAGCAAGACACCGUGGGCAAGGGAGACCAUUUGCUCAGGGCCCCCAUGCUUCAUGUAUGCCAGCUAAAGAGCCAUCCCAGUCCCUUGCCUACCUUAGUCCCAUCUGAGCCCAGGAAACCACAGCAGGGGGCAUGUUCUGUGGCUGCUCUGAUGUCUGCUAAGAGACAUGUUGUGCUAUUCAGUUUGAUGAAUCUGUUGUGAUCCAGCAGCAGCGGGAACUCUGCUCUGAGAUAAGGCUUUCUUGGUAAAGCUCCAGGCAAGAGUUGGGUGUCAUUCAUGACAGGCAUUAAGCAACCCAAUGGAGCACUGGUAUUAAAGGCAUGAGACUUCUCUGGGUGUACAUCUUCUAGGAGUAAGAGCUGGGCUAGAUUUGCAUGAGCUGGAUGUCGACAGCAGUUGCAAGGCCCUCUGGAGAAAGGCCUGGGGUUCUCAAACAAGCCUGAUGAAUUUGGAUGCCUGCUUCCCUGGAACUGCAGUGGUAUCUGGUGCCUUGGCAAUCCUAGCCUGACAUGUAGGACAGUGUUCCCAGGCAAUGCCCCAGCAAACAGCAACCCUGUGCUUCCCCACAUCUGUGCGUCAGCAACAACAUGCCAUGUAUCUAUUUGCCAUUUGCUUUUUUAUUUUCAAAAUACCCAUUAAAACUGACUUG